AUGGCAGGCUCAGAUCAGUCAAUUGAGGAGCUUUUCCAACGUCUCAAAGUACUUGAUCACAAUGGGCCUGAGAAUUUCGAAGAUCUGAGAUCGACAACUGAGCCAAAUGCCGAUUCCGAAGACAAAAGUCGGAAUGAAAUACUAGACAGAUUUCUCCAGCCUUCCAACGUGUUGUCGUGGAACUUACUAGAUCUGUUUCAAGAGGUUCCCGAAAUGAACUUCAUGGAUGAAAACAAGGGUUCAGGAAGUGCAGAUUAUGACUAUCAUCAGUUUUUGCAAAUUCCAGAUUUCAUUAAAAGAACAGCAUAUCAUUUCAAGAGAAGAGGAAUUGAGGGUAAAAUAGACGGCUACCAAGAAUCGGUCAAGUUAGAAGAAAUUGCAAACGCGAAUGCGUCCAAUUCUCUCUCGCUUUCACGAAAAAUCAACACCGAGGGUAGUUCAGUGAGGGGUUCCAGCGCUCAAUUGCCGUUUGCGCCAGGUGGAUUGGCAAUGUCCGCUUUGGCACAAGAUGGUGAGGUGUCAAAUAUGGCCAAUGCCACUAAGUUGCUGCACCGAGAUGAUCAAGGGCUUUUUGAUAUUCCACCAGGUCUGGAGCGAGGAAUUGUCCCGCAGGAGUUGGCUAAAAUCGAUGAUGCUCAAGUAGAAGGAAUGGAUACUCUUAACAGUAUUGACAACGAACUAGAAAAUCUACAGGAAAUAACGGAAAACCGUCAAAAAGAAGAAGAUAACUUGGAAAAAGAAGUUUCUCAGCUUAUCCUUUCCACGAAGCAACACGACAAUGAGACAGAGGUCGGGGUAGAUGAUCUGCUUCCAGUUGGAAUUGACUUUGGCCGAACCAUCCGUCAAACUAAGAAUGACUUGGGACGCAAAAACUGGGCUCACGUUGUGGACCUAAAUCACAGGAUAGAUAAUUUCGAAGAGCUGGUCCCUAAUCCUGCAAGAACAUGGCCUUUUGAGCUCGAUGUCUUUCAAAAAGAGGCAGUAUAUCAUCUGGAGCAAGGUGACUCUGUUUUUGUAGCCGCCCAUACUUCAGCGGGGAAAACUGUGGUGGCCGAGUAUGCUAUUGCCAUGGCUAAGAGAAACAUGACAAAAACGAUUUACACGUCGCCUAUCAAAGCUUUGUCCAAUCAAAAGUUCAGGGAUUUCAAAGAAGAUUUGACCGAUGUCGAUGUUGGCCUAAUUACCGGGGAUGUUCAGAUAAACCCAGAAGCCAACUGCCUUAUCAUGACCACCGAGAUUCUGAGAUCAAUGCUUUAUCGCGGUGCGGAUUUGAUCAGAGAUGUUGAGUUUGUCAUUUUUGAUGAAGUGCACUACGUGAACGAUCAGGAUCGUGGUGUGGUCUGGGAAGAAGUGAUCAUCAUGCUUCCGCAGCAUGUCAAAUUUAUUUUGCUCUCUGCUACUGUUCCUAACACCUUUGAAUUCGCCAAUUGGAUCGGUAGAACAAAGCAGAAGAAUAUUUACGUUAUCUCGACUCCCAAGAGACCUGUACCGCUGGAAAUCAACGUAUGGGCCAAAGAAAAAAUGAUACCGGUGAUCAACGAGAAAAGAGAGUUUCUGGAGUCGAAUUUUAAACAGCAUAAAGAACUUAUUGCUGGCAAAAGCGACAAAGGCCCUUCGCCAGCAAGCCGAGGUCGGGGCGGACCAGCCCGUGGGGGUGGAGCAGGUCGUGGAGGUGGACCUGGUCGUGGCGGUCCAGCACGCGGCGCUAUGCGUGGGGGCUCUCGUGGCGCCGGCGCAGUGGGUUCAAACAGAAGUGACUUUUUCAAAAGAAGUGGGCCAAAUAAGAAGACGUGGUCUAAUUUGGUAAAUUACCUCAAGGCGAAUGAAUUGCUACCAGCCGUAAUCUUCGUUUUCAGUAAAAAGAGAUGUGAGGAUUAUGCGGAUUGGCUAGAUGGCGUGAAUUUUUGCGCUAGCAAGGAACGAUCGCAGAUUCGCAUGUUUAUCGACAAGUCAAUAACCAGGCUCAAGAAGGAAGAUAGAGAGCUUCCCCAAAUAACCAAGAUCAAAUCCUUGCUGGAGCGUGGUAUUGCUGUACAUCAUGGUGGUCUGCUGCCUAUCGUCAAGGAGCUCAUUGAGCUACUAUUUGCGAAAGGACUUAUAAGGAUAUUGUUCGCCACAGAAACAUUUGCAAUGGGUCUGAACUUGCCUACUAGAACUGUGGUCUUUAGCGAGAUCCAAAAACAUGACGGUAAUAGUUUGAGAAACCUGAACCCGGGUGAGUUCACGCAAAUGGCAGGGAGAGCGGGGCGGAGAGGGCUGGACAAAACCGGAACGGUCGUGGUGAUGUCUUACACGUCUCCUUUGGAGCAAGCUUCUUUCAAGGAAGUUGCUCUAGGUGUUCCUACGAGGCUGCAAUCUCAAUUCAGGCUCACCUAUAACAUGAUAUUGAACCUGUUGAGAAUCGAAGCGCUUCGCGUCGAAGAGAUGAUAAAAUAUUCUUUCAGUGAAAACAGCAAACAGACGCUACUUCCCGAACACGAGAACAAAAUCAAGAGCCUACAAAGUCAGCUAGAUAGUAUUCAAUACUAUGAUGGUGUUGAAGAAGAGGAGUUAAACAAAGCAUUGGACGCAAUAAUCAAAUACAAAGAAUGCACUAAAGAUAUGAUGAAGGAACUUGCAAGCGGAAAUAGCGUUUUCCGCGUGUUGAAUGUGGGUCGUUUGAUACUUUUCAGGGACGAAAACGACAAUGCCAAACUAGGCUUUGUGUUCAAAAAUCUUCCCAAGGAGGGCCAGGUAAUUGUCAUGACCGUAACAAAACCCAGUACACUUGAGAGCGGUGAGCCUAACCACUUGCCGUAUUUCUCAGGAAUUCCAGACUUUAUCAAACACAAUUUCAAAAGAUUUGAGCAAACCGAUUUCUACAUGGAACCCAUUGCCAUAGAGGAUAUAGAAAUUGUCAGCGCUUUUACCCUAGACGUCUCCAUGAGCGAUGUCAUGAAACAGGACCCUGAAGUGUUAGAGAAGUUUUACGGUGAAGUGUCGCUGAUUUUGAGAAUCUCUAAAAAGCUCAAGGAGACGAAAUACGAAAAGAAGGGAAGUCUGAAAACUCAUCAGGCCGUUUUAGACCGAGAGAGGAUAAGAGCGGAAAUCGCAUCCCUUGACUGCUUGAAAGCGCCAAAUUUUACCAUGCAGUUUUUGCCGAAGUAUAAGGAAUAUGAGAUUCAGAAACAGAUUAAAGACCUUUACCACUUAAUGUCGGAACAAAAUCUCAGUCUGCUUCCCGACUACGAGCAGCGCCUCUCGGUUUUGAAAGACGUGGGAUUCAUAGAUCAGAGUCACAAUGUUUUGCUCAAGGGACGUGUUGCUUGUGAGAUUAACUCAGGUUAUGAACUUGUUUUAACAGAGUUGAUUCUCGAUAACUUUUUAGGAGACUUCGAGCCCGAGGAGAUCGUCGCGCUAUUGUCCGUUUUUGUUUAUGAGGGUAGAACAAGAGAGGAAGAGCCUCCGGUUGUCACCCCUCGUCUGGCUAAGGGUAAAAGUAAAAUCCAGGAGAUUUAUCAGACCAUGCUCGACGUGUAUGAAAAACAUCAGAUUCCAUUAACUAAAGAUGAGGCGGAGUUUUUGGAUAAGAAGCGUUUCGCACUUAUGAACGUGGUGUACGAAUGGGCAAGAGGUCUGUCAUUCAAAGAAAUUAUGGAGAUGAGCGUUGAAUCGGAGGGUACCAUUGUCAGAGUCAUCACUCGUCUGGAUGAAAUUUGCAGAGAAGUGAAAACGGCUUCGAUCAUCAUUGGUAACUCAACGUUGCAUAUGAAGAUGUCUCAGGCCCAGGAGUCCAUUAAAAGAGAUAUUGUAUUUGCUGCAAGUUUGUAUCUAUGA